AUGGCACCCUCUCUGGAAGAGCCCGUUGUCUCCUCGACUUCAGCACCUCUAGUCUUUCCUGUUAAGGGAGUCGCCGCCAGUAACAAAUUCGGUUAUGUGCCUGGACGGACACGCGUGGAAGAGCACACCAGUUAUGAAUAUGAUGACCUUCUGCCGUCAUUCCCCAACAUUCAUUGGGAGCCCCUAGAGGAGAUCCAUCACGAAGACCGUGGAAUUCAUGGAGACCCUCAAUUCCGUAAUCUACUCCAAGAUGCCACUGAUGUAUUCGACUACAACCCCAAGAUCGGAACAGAAGUCCAUGGCGUUGACUUGGCAAAUCUGACCGACGCACAACGUGAUGACUUGGCCCGUCUGGUAGCAUAUCGAGGUGUUGUCUUUUUCCGUGACCAGAAGAACCUGGAUGUUGAGGCACAACGAAACUUGGGAAGGCACUUUGGACGGCUGCACAAGCAUGCCACUACAUCUGUUCCUCGCAAGGAGGGUCUGGAAGAUGUCCACGUGGUGUACACAGCCGACAACUCUCCGGAAAACCGCGCUUUAUUCAGCCCAAGCUUCCUGUGGCAUUCAGACGUUACUUACGAAGUGCAACCUCCAUCGUACACUAUGCUGAAGGUGCUCACUGGUCCUCCUUCUGGAGGUGGUGGCGACACCCUCUGGUCAUCACAGUAUGCUGCAUAUGAUGUCUUGUCCUCCCAUAUGCAGACUUAUCUCAAAGGCUUGACUGCUCUCCACUCAGCUGACAUGCAAGCCAACGACUCACGCGCUCUUGGCCGGCCAGUCCGUAGAGAGCCUGUUACCACCGAACACCCUCUUAUCCGAACGAACCCCGUCACUGGCUGGAACAGUCUGUUCUUCAAUCCCGGUUUUGUCACCAAGAUCAUCGGUAUUCCCAAGGGCGAGAGCGAUGCCAUUAUCCGGUACCUCACAGAUGUGGUUGCGACGACUCAAGAGGCACACGCUCGCUUCCAGUGGAACAAGGGUGAUGUUGCCAUCUGGGACAACAGGACAACGAACCACACUGCUACAUAUGGAUUUACACCUCAUCGCCGACAUGCUGUACGCGUAGCAGCCCAGGCUGAACGCCCUGUGCUGAAGGCUUCGGGUAAAUCACAAGAGGAUGAGCUCAAUGCUUUGUAUGGUCUGCCGGCAGUCAACAAAAAUGGAGCCCGACAAUCGAAUUACAAUGACUAG